AGUCCGAACAGUCAUCCACCGCCUCCGACAACCUGUCCUCUCCUGUAAAUCCAUAUAUUGGGUCUAUGCUUCCCAGGGAUAUCAAUUAAUUCAUUUCUUCUGUGCGUAUUUGUAUUUUGGUUUCUCAAUAUAUUCCAACCAAAUGAUCACUCGAAUACGUUGAGCUUUCCACCGCCUCUCAGGCCGAUAGACUAUUUGCCAGACCUAUUCGAAUUAGCUACACAAUAUGACCGCAGGAGCUCAGAAGCUCUCAGUUCACGAGCGGCGCAAAGGCGAAUCUGCCUUGAGUGACUUCGCCGACUAUGUCGAAAAGCAGCAGGCGCUGCGGCGCGCUCCUGGACAUCCAGCCGCCUCUGGAGGAGAAGAGCAUGCGGAGUUAGCUAUUUUGGACGCUCUUGAUAUCAAAGAUGACAGCAGUCAUGAGCCUUUAAAGGACAUCUUACUCGACGAAUCAAACGCCGCCACCGAAAGCCUAUCUCGUCUCUCCGAUAUUCUGGGCAGAAGGAUCGACGAGGGGCACGGCGAAACCUUGUUUGAUCUUGGUGCUGAGAAUAAUGGUGCAUCCAUGGAACUUUCAAAGGAGCAAUGGGAAAUCGCUUUACGGAGAUUACGAGAUGCGGCCGCACGUAACAAUGCGGAAUGUCGAGUCCUUUUGACGCGGAAUGUUGGCGGACCAGAAGAGGCUGAGACAGCGAAUGACAAAGAAGUAGGAGCAAGCGGGAAAAUAUUGAUACGUCAAAAGCCUUCAACAGUGGAGGAUGUGAUUGAAACUAGAAUAGCUGUUGUUGGAAAUGUCGACGCUGGAAAAAGCACCAUGCUCGGCGUCCUUGUUAAGGGCGGACUGGAUGAUGGUAGAGGAAAAGCCCGUGUAAAUCUGUUCCGCCACAAGCAUGAAAUUGAAAGCGGCCGAACUAGCUCCGUAGGAAUGGAGAUCCUGGGCUUCGACAGCCGCGGGGAGAUAGUUGCGGCAAGUGCUGCUGGUCGCAAGCUGACUUGGGAAGAGAUUGGAAAGCGCUCGGCCAAGGUUAUUAGUUUUACUGACCUUGCUGGUCAUGAGCGCUACCUUCGCACCACGGUCUUUGGACUUCUCAGCAGUGAGCCAAAUUACUGUCUGCUGAUGGUAGCGGCAAAUAAUGGCCUCAUUGGCAUGAGCAAGGAGCACCUGGGUAUUGCUCUUGCUCUAAAUGUGCCUGUCAUGGUCGUGAUCACUAAGAUUGAUAUCUGUCCUCCGCACAUCCUGCAAGAGACUAUUACUCAAUUAACACGAAUUCUCAAGUCUCCUGGCGCACGAAAAAUUCCCAUCUUUAUUAAGAACCGGGAGGAGUGCGUCAACACUGCGACCCAGUUUGUCAGUCAACGGAUAUGCCCAAUAUUCCAGGUAUCCAACGUGACUGGAGAGAGCCUUGACUUGGUCAGAACAUUUUUGAAUAUCUUGCCUCAUCAUGGCCAUUACAAUUCCGACGCACCCUUUGAGUUUCAUGUUAAUGAUACCUUCUCCGUUCCUUUUGUCGGAACUGUGGUUUCUGGCGUGGUUAAAAGCGGAGUAAUUCAUGCGGGUGAUACCAUAUGCAUCGGGCCAGACUCGCUUGGCCAGUUCACUACAACAACCAUUCGAUCCAUUGAGCGUAAACGGAUACCUGUGCACGUUUGCUCUGCCGGGCAAUCUGCAUCAUUUGCGCUGAAGAGAGUUCGACGCAAAGAUGUUCGCAAGGGGAUGGUGGUCCUACCGAAGCUGGAGAAGGCGCCGGCUGUAUAUCGCGAAUUUAUCGCCGAGGUGCUCAUUCUCAGCCACGCCACCACGAUCCGGACUCGGUACCAAGCCAUGCUGCAUGUUGGUCCCAUAUCACAAACAUGUGCCAUCAUUGACAUUGAUCGCUCUUUCAUCCGCACUGGAGACCGUGCCACUGUAGCUUUCCGAUUUGUGCAACGCCCCGAAUACCUUGCAGUCGGCGAUCGCAUCUUAUUCCGUGAGGGAAGAACAAAAGGCCUUGGGAUUGUGAAGGCUGUAGGUUAUGAUCCCAAGAAGCCGUUGAAUCCGGAGGUAGCGAAGGAAGCAGCCGCUAAGGAGAAGGGCAAAGGCAUUUCACAUGCGCCGAACUUGACUAUCGAAGCUAAGUCAUGAGACACGACGAUGGAUAAUCAUGGCCGAUAUGGGAUUGAGUACCAAAUGAACGUGGGCCGCGAGUUGAUUGUUUUGGCUCAUAUUGUACAAGCUCAUCGUGGCAACCACUCCUUUACAUGGACAUAUCUGGACAGAGUACAUAAGGGUAUGGAGUCUUCGUGGCUUCCCUGGAGUUGACCUUUCUUCAAUCGAUUAAUGACUGAACAGUAUUGCAAUUCUAUGUAACCUUUGCUUUUUCGGGUCCGGGCUUGGGGAUUGGCUUUUGGCAUUAUAUGUUGCUUUUAUUGAUUCUAGGAAAUACCAUUCACUAAUUUACCGCC